AUGACAGGUGAGGUCGACACCCCGCCAGGCGACUCUGCCGCGGGCUUCCCACCCGAAAAGUCCGCCCUUUCGUCCGCCGACGCGAAACCCUCACCAGACGACCCCAGCACAGAGACCUCAUCGGACCAGGACGCUCCCACCCCAGAGAAAGAAGCGUCCAAGCAGACUGGCGUCUUCUCCGCCUGGGGUUUCGAUGUUAACGCUGUCGCCGGAAAUAUCGGUGGCUUCUUCACCGGUCCCGCAGAGGACGAAGAAGAAGAACAAGUAGAUCAGGAACAGCGCGACCCAAAAGCCUCACAUGCCGCCGACCAUAGCGACGAAAUCGGCGCCACUGCUACUAACAUUGCAAACGCCGCCACCGCGGAACUCGAGCAUGCCAGCAAGGCGGCCCACGAGACUUUUGGGAAAGCCGCCCAGGAAAUUGGGAAGGGCUGGGGGACCCUCAAUACUUUUCUUGACGACAUUCUCGCCGCGAAGCCGGAUAGUGACAAAGACGACGAAGACAUGGACAUACAUGCCAGUUUUCGCGAACUCUUUCCGGAUAUCGAAAAGGACGAUGAGGUGGUCGAUCAUUUCAAAUGCACCUUGUUGCAGAAGUAUCGCUGCUAUUUGAAUAACUCUACCCCAGAGAAGACAUAUCCGUUGCGCGGCCGCUUGUUUGUCAGUACGUCACAUAUCGCCUUGUACGUCACCGAUGAUGGCGGAGCGUUUGGAGGCAAGCCGUUUGGGGUUUCCGUCCCGUUUGCAGACGUUGGCAAGAUUCAGAAAGGCGCGAAGUCCAUGUUGAGACUCGUCACCAAGUCGCAAUCGAGCUAUAUCUUCGCUGAGUUUGAAUCAGAUUCGCAUUAUUCAGGAGCUCUGAGCUUGCUCGAACACAUGACCGGAGCGGGUGCCGCGCCACCGAAAGCUGCGGACCGGGCACCGGAAAAUACAGAUACAAAAGAGAAGGAGGAAACCGGUUGACCGGCUAUGAUUAAGAUUUGCUAAUGCUCUGCAAAAUUUCUGACAGAUGCUAUGGGUCAAGCGGUCUGUUCAUCCAGAGCGCGUAUGCUUUGGUAAGCAGACUACUUGACUAUGCAUCAUGUGCCAGUAUCUCAAUUCAUGCCUUCCAUGAAUCUUGUCCACAAGUCCGAAUUGUUAUGCCUCCUCCGUCGCUAAUUCAGCACUACUGCACCCAGACACCGGCCCAAACGAUUGUACAGUGCCCCUCAUAGCGUUUGGACCCUUAAGCGGAGAUGAGAGAACCGAAUCGUUAUGGGUGUAAAUGUUGGUUGCUUCUUACCAAUGCAAAAUAUAUGGCUUUCCGCUGGAACAUCAAGAGCUGCGUGAAUCUUUAGUGUGCUUCUCACCAACUAUUUCAGAGCAAUUUCAUCCUCGUACUAGAAACGCUAGAGGUACAUAUCAUACGGCUGUACCAACGCAGCUGUAUUUGAAUCCUGGCAGUUGAGAAGAGCUGGAACGGGCUCCGAAGCCCGUUAAUCCUUAACUUGCGCGAAAGAGCCGUGUUCGCUCGUGUUCGAUGAUGUGACAUUUUCGUUUAAAUGUCAACCGCUGGGCGAAGGUGCUAUAGAAGAGCGAACAGUGCAUGUCACUUUCAAAAAACGUGUGGCAUUCAGGCAUAUCCAGCUCCGAAAAAAGGAUGGUCCCUUCAGUUUUUCACUCAAGGUCAAAGAACGUAAAGCAACAUUGCUUUUACAAAGCAUUCAUUUGCUACUGUAUUCACUGACAAAAUUCUUGUUGGCGCAGGAUCGCGUACAGAGUGUCUGUGAUUGCAUUGCAGAAACUCUGUUUCAAAGAUAAUAUAACUUGCUGAUGGAACCCAGAUGUCUUCACUAUACACCUAUAGCUUUAGAGAAGCCGCAGGCUCGAAGCAACACAGGCCCUGUUUUGUUGUGCAAUCAAUAGCAAUGCUUUUUCAGACGAAAUCCCCCAGCAACCCUAAAGUGCAUGGGGAGAUGGUAACCCAGUGAACGCGGGCAGUCUUGCUUUAUUCAAUAGCUUGGAGGUUUGCGACAAUCAUCAUGUACAGAUUUUUCAGAAAUAUUGCUCAAAUCUUCCAUUGACUUGGUCUGAACAGUGGAUAAUCCUGGGGCUCUGCAGUGCUGUCCUGAAGACGAACCUCAUCAAAGUGUUUACAAUAGUGCACGGUAGAUCAUAGUGAGCUGUGCACAGUUAAAAACUUAGCGAUCGCAA